CAGUGGAUCCUGGAUGCGAGCCAUGACUCCUAGGGUCUGGAAACAAACCACGGAGCUGUGACCGCUCCGUGACCGAGGGGAGCGGCGGCGGCGGCGCAAGGAGUCUUCCUCUCCGACGCCGGCAACGUCGACACCGCUGGCAAGCUUCUCUCCGAUUAUCCCUUCUCCAGUAAGAGUAGGCGAGGACGAGCCUCCCCCAUCUUGGGUGUUGGUGUCUGACCCAUUUUCUCAAGAUAUGAUGUUCACAAGAGGUUCUCCCAAAAUUUUGAUGUUAUCUAAAGCUGCUCAAAAGAAGGUUUCUCCUAAAGCUUCUACAUCAAAGAAGUGUGGAGGUGGUGUUCAUAGAGCAGCAUGAAAUUCUGAAUUGGAGAAGAGCCUCGUUGAUUUGUUGUUUGAGCACAAUGUACCUCCAUAUAGGGCUCAAAAUGGCUGGAGUCUAGAUGCUUGGAACAAAAUUGUUACUAAAUUCAACAAGAAGCAUGAGUAUGUCACAUUCAACAAGAUUCAAAUUCAGGAGAAGGAGAGGGAAUUGAAAAGGGAUUACAAGAUGUUGAAAGAGGCUAGAAAGCAAAGUGGUGUUUCCUGGAAUGAGAAACGAUGCAUGGUUGUUGCUGAUCCACCAAUAUGGGAAAACAUCAAAAAAUCAUUUCCUAGGGCCAAGAAAUUUCAAAAGAAGUCUUUCCCUCUCUUUGAUGCUCUUGGGGAACUAUAUGAUGGACACAUUGCUCAAGGGACCUGGAACAUAACAUCUACACAGCUACCACAAGAAUGGAACACAAUUUCAAAUGAAGAAGAACAAGUGAACACCACAAUAAUGGAUGAGGAAGGCAUUAUUCAACAACAACCACAAGAAGAGGAUUCAAUAUUGGAACAAGAUGAAGAUCCUAUAAUUGGAAGGAUUGAACAGAGGUCUACUGCAACGAGAAGGUCUACUGCAUCAACAAUCAAUCAGGAUAAGGAAGCAAAGAGGAUGAAGAAGGAUUCUUUGGAAGGACUUGUUGGGAGAUAUCUAGAUCUGAAAUCAAAACAAGUUGAGGAUGAGGUUACACAAAUGGCGAAAGGAAAAGAAUCUGCUCAAGGUAAUGACUUCUCCAUCAUGAGAUGCAUUUCUGUUCUUAGAUCCAUGAAUGUGACUGCAGAUGAGAAGAUAAAAGCAGCUGAGGUGUUCGACAUACCAAACAACAGAGAGACAUUUAUCAGUUUUAGUGUUGAUGAACCAGAAACUGCCCUCCUAUGGUUAAGACGGAAGAUUGAUAAGCUCUAAGACAGGAAAUAUUGGUCAUAUGGAGACAGUUCUGCACGGCGUUCUGAGUCUGCAUGUGCCGGUAUGAGCUAUAUAUAUGUUGCAUUUCUCCAUGUUUGGGCUCACCAUGUAAUAGAACUGAAGGAAGGUUGUUGCAAGACUUAUAUGACAUGCUUAAAUUUCUGGAUAAAAUCUAGUUUAUACUAAGUCUAUUACAUGCUUAAAUUUUGGAAAAAAAUAUGUAUCAAGAAUU